AUGAAGUCAUCGCAGGCGGCGAAGAACGGAGGCUGCUUCCCUGCGGACAGCACGGUCGUCACCAAGACGGGGAGGAAGCGCCUCGAGGACCUUCAAGUGGGGGAGGAGGUGCUGGUCAUGGAGGACGGGGGGAAGCUCGCCUUCGGGUCCGUCCUCCUCUUUCUGGAUCGGGACGAGGGCGCCGCGGGGGAGUUCGUGACGCUCCGCACGGCCCGAGGGAAUUCCAUCGCGUUGACGCCGAGUCAUCUGGUCUAUUCGGUCCCGGCGGCGGCGAACGCGGCGAACGCGACGGAGGCGUCGACGGUGAGAUUCGCGGGCGACGUCGAGGUCGGGGACGCCGUGUUGGUGAGGUCGACCCGAGACCCAACGCAGGUCGAAACGGACCGAGUGGUCCAAAUCGGACGCGAGACCCGCCGCGGUGUGUUCGCCCCGUUGACCGACAGAGGGACCAUCCUCGUGGACGACGCCGUCGCGUCCUGCUACGCCGUGAUAGACAGCCACCGCGUGGCGCAUUACUCCUUCCUCCCCGUGAGGUGGCUCGCCGCCGUGUUCCCGCCCGAGCGAACCGCCUCGCGGCUCGCGUCCGGCGUGCACUGGUACGCGGAGUUCCUCUACGCCCUCGCGCCGUACGUGCUCCCGUCGAGUCUGCUUUACGGCGUGUGA